AUGGACGUGAAAAACCUGUCGCUAUUUCCGGCCACAGAAGCCCAGAUAAAAGUACAUCGGGAAAGAACAUUUGAGCCAUGGGGCCGUGGACUUGAUCUUGAAUCGUUUUGCCAACGAGAUAUUGCUCUGGGACAUCUUCCACAUGCAGCACAUGGACGAUGGCAGGUCUGGAUAUUGGCCCCAAGAGAGAAUGCCCCAACAAAUCUUGACUUCUUCUGCUCGUGCGAAACGUACGAAAGAGAAGUAGUAGUCUCUGGGAAAGGAACGAUGCUGGGCUACGGCGUCGCAUCGGUCAUCACCCCUCCUCGCCAUCGCGGAAAAGGUUACGCGCGACACAUGAUGAGACUACUGCACUACAUCCUGGCAGAUCGACGCCUUUCAUCCACAUUUCCGCCCUUUCCUCUUAGUGAAUGGGGAGCCCCUCCCGCUGUUCCUGCAGGAUUUGGACGAGGGAUCGCAUCGGCCCUGUACAGCGACGUUGGACCCACAUUCUAUCAGCAAUGCGGAAUUGGGACGAGUAAAGAUAAUGGAUGGAUUGUUAAGGACCCGGAGGUGACUAUCUGGCAGGUCCCAGACGAUACACCUCUUCCUUUGAACCUAGAGCCGUUGACAGAAGAGACCCAGGAGGAAGUGUGGGAAGCAGAUGCAAAGCUCAUUCAGGACGAAGUCGGAGGCGAGACUCCUACCACGACAUUCGCAUUUCUCCCAAAUCGUGGAGUGGCCAACUUUUUACAAGCCAGGAGCUUCUUUUACGAACCCUCCACCAGAGAGGGGGGUGUGUGGGGUUGUAAAAUGAAGGAUUUAGAUCACACUCGCCUCUCCUUUGCGACGUGGUGUCUGGAUCCUGGACGAGAGGGUCCCCAAACGCUCUUGAUCACUCGUUUGCGUUGCUCGCCCCAGUCUUUCCCUACAAUCCUCAAUGCCGCAUUUAAUGCCGCUCGAACAUUUGGACUAGUACAAGUGGAGAUAUGGAAUCUCGAUUCAUCGUUGCGGGACGUUGGCAAAGAAUUGGGCGGUGUCACGUCGAUGAGGGAUGAUCAUCUCUCAGCGUUGGCAUGGUAUGGAGAAGGAAGCGCGCAUGACGUGCGAUGGCGAUACAACGAAAAGUUUUGCUGGUGCUAG